AUGCAUAGUCACGAGGAGAAGCAGAGCAUGGGCCAGAAGCAUCCAUCUUUACGUCCAGCCCUGGCCCGAGCUGGGCAGCCAUCGGGGCCGGAGCAGCGGCAGCCCUCGGUGUGGCCUUUGAUGCCACACUUGGAAUUUGCCCAGUUUGGAUGGGUCACAGGGGGAGAAAGAAAAAGACAACAGGGGUCAGUGCCUCUCCUGGAUCAAUCUCCUCCUGCAGCCAGCAGCUCGCACAGCUCAAACCCUGUCCUUCCUCUCCUCCCACCCCAGCACUGUGUUCUCUCUCCCUCCAAUUUACAAAGAUGA